CACAACAUUAUGUCAAAGCAAUCGCGAACAAGACGUAUUAAGUUUUUUGGACGAUUUAAAAGAACACCAAUAACUGAAUCUAAACAAGAAAUCAAUCAUAAUUGUGAACAAAAAUGCAUAAAAAAUAUUAAUUAUUCAAAAUUGUCACCAAAAAUGAUUGUGAACAAAAAGGAUAAUCAUCCAACUACAAGUACUACUUCAACUUUAGAUUCUUCUAUCAACUCCUCUUUAACUGAUAAAUCGCCACAGCAAAUAGUACGACCAUUAGCCAUUACAACAUUAAUAACAGAUGAAAAAUUAGAAAAUUUAAAGCAAAAUAAUUUUUUAUGUUCAGGGAUGAUUGAACAGAGAAAUAAAGAUACCCGUGUAGAAGAAGUAAAUCGAAAACAACUAUAUAAUUCAUGUAUUCGCCCAAACAAUUUAUUUAUUCCCAAUUAUUCACCUUUACCUACAAGGCCAAAAUCAGAACUUUCUAGAAGACCAAGUAUUUCUUUAACUGAUUCAACCGUUUUACAAGGAGAAGCUGGUUGUGGUAGUAAUAGUGGAAGAUUUACUAUUAAAUAUGACAAUACAGAAUAUGUUGUUGAUGUUGGUGGCAGUCAAGCAAAUAUAAAUAAAAAUCAAGAUGGAAAUACUAAAAAUAAUAAUUUAAAUAUUAAUUAUCGGUUAUAUCGUCGUUCAAAUUCUGUUGCUACUAAUAAAUUUAAUAUUAAUAAUAAACCUAAGAUGUCUGUUGUUGGAAGGAUGGCUUCAAUUUUUGUUAAUGAUGGUAUUAUAAAUAAUAAACAAACAAAACCAAUAAGUCAAAAACAAAAAAGGCCUACAUCUUGGGGGCUUUCAGAAAGAAGUUGCGACACUGAUAAUUCUAUAGCGGGAAGCGAGGAAGAUACUUAUAAUAAUUAUCAUAAUUUUGACUGUAAUGAUGAAAAACCAAAUGAAAAGGAACAACAACAACAAAAACGUUUUGAUAAAAUGGCUCUUGAAACCGUUAAAAGGUAAAGUUUUAUUUUUUGUGCGUAUUAUUAUUUUAAAUGUUAGAAAAUAUUUUUUUAAUUUUUACUAUAUCAGUAUAUAAUAUGAGGUUUUUAUGGAGAUCGUGUAUUUUUUUUUCAAUUUCAAAUGAAACAAUAGAACAUGUUUAUUUUACCCUAAAUAGUUUUUCGCGCAACUUUUCCAAGUG